ACGAAUAAAUUGUUACAUUAAGACAUCAGCUGCUGUCUCGUCACUUCAGUUCCUACACAGCUUAAAUCAACAACUCAUUGGUAGAUAUAGAUCAUUCAUUGACAGGAGAAGACGCUGGAUACUUGGAGAAUAUAUGAAUAUGGUGAAAGUGGCAAAUCUAAUCAGAACAGAAGGCAAAUUUUACUGUCAAAAUUCCAUUCUUUGUCCCUCUUAUCGGCCAGAUCGUCCAAGUUUAUUACCCCAUUCAGAGUUAAGUCAUUCCAAUUUUAUACCACCGAUGUUUGACAACACCUACCAGAAGAAACUAGAGAUGAAACUGUUGUUAGAGCAAGGUUGUUUACCAAUCCAAACUGAGUCGUCGACUCAUCAUCUACUGGAAUCUAAGGAAGAUGUUGGCAAGGCUUCACGUGCAAAACGACAAUUUGUACCUAACAACAAAAAAGACGGUUCUUAUUGGCUAAAACGCUGUAAGAAUAAUGACUCUGCUAGGAGGUCGAGGUUCAAGCGCAAGUGUCUCGACAAAAUCCUGGAGAAAAAACUAGCUGUUUUACAGAACGAAAACUGCCAACUUAGAAAUGAGCUCAGAAUGUAUAAACAAAACUCCAGAACUAAUUCUACAAACACAUUUGUGUCAAAUACAGCCGAGUCAGCCAGUCUCAGUAAUGUAUACCCGUAUUUCAACAGCAUGGAUAACUUUCCGAACAAAUUCCUUCCGGAGGAGAUGAAGCCAAUGAAGUGGACUAAUCCCAGUGGGGACGAAAAUGACUCGCCACCAAGCUCAGUCACUCAGGAUUCCGGUGACUAUCCGAACUCAUCGAGUUCGCCAUAUUAUACAUCUGAUCCUGAGGCGUGGAAGUCGAUGUGCUCUUCUCAGUCUAUCGACGGUGGGAGUUCCUCCGACAGCAAUACGUGGACGUCUGAUGUUACUCAGGGCGGUUUGAUUCCGAAAGACAGCAUGGAGGAGAAAAUCUCAAGUUUGCUAUUUGGAGAAAAUAUCCAAAAAGUUCCACACAAGCUUCGUAUUAAAAAGAACGUGCGUUCCAUUGUUGAGACGUCGUAUGCAUCAGAUGACAAAGAUUCAAGUCGGGAGUAGCGCAUAGGGUAAAGAGAGUCGCGAGCCCCAUCAGAAUAUCUCAUCAUAUUACGACAUUAAUUUAUAUAAAUUGCAUUGGGUAUCAAACAUAUCAACAUUUACAGAAUAUUGUCAAAGAUUGCAUUCUAUCUUUGUUGGGUCGUGAUAGUAAGUAAAUCAUUGUUAUGAUACGGUGAGGUGUUUUUAUAUCAGUACCCAAGGGUAUUUAUACGGCCGUCAGGACCGUGGGUAACAGACGACGGUUGAGCGUCAGAACCGUGGGUUACAGACGACGGUUGAGCGUCAGGACCGUGGGUUACAGACGACGGUUGAGCGUCAGGACCGUGGGUUACAGACGACGGUUGAGCGUCAGGACCUUGGGUUACAGACUACGGUUGAGCGUUAGGACCGUGGGUUACAGACGACGGUUGAGCGUCAGGACCGUGGGUAACAGACGACGGUUGAGCGUCAGGACCGUGGGUUACAAACGACGGUUGAGCGUCAGGACCGUGGGUUACAGACGACGGUUGAGCGUCAGGACCGUGGGUUACAGACGACGGUUGAGCGUCAGGACCGUGGGUUACAGACGACGGUUGAGCGUUAGGACCGUGGAUUACAGACGACGGUUGAGCGUCAGGACCGUGGGUUACAGACGACGGUUGAGCGUCAGGACCGUGGGUUACAGACGACGGUUGAGCGUUAGGACCGUAGGUUACAGACGACGGUUGAGCGUCAGGACUGCUGGUUACAGACGACGGUUGAGCGUCAUGACCAUGGGUAACAGGCGACGGUUGAGAGUCAGAACCGUGGCAUACAGACGACGGGUGAGCGUCAGGACCGUGGCUUACAGGCGACGGUUGAGCGUCAGGACCGUGGGUUACAGACGAUGCGUUACAACGAAAUACCCACCAAUCUUGGAAACUCUAAAACACACAUAUAGGUGACUAUAUUAUUAAAUCAUUAUCUGAUUAUCGUUUGUUGUAUGUAGAAUAUUUCACGUACAAGUAUUGUAACAAUGAAUACACAUUAAA